AACCCUUAAUGCUGGCAUGUAAAUACUGAAUAUGGAUUAUAAGAUAUUGUUUUCCCUGGUAUUUAUAUUAGAGUUGUCAAUUCAGGACAAAGAUGGGAACCCAUUUUGUAAUUACAAAAAUGGACUUAAAACUAUUGAGGGAUUUUGCUGUCCAAGAUGCAAACAGGAAACCAACAAAGAGAACUGUCGUUAUGAAUGUCCCAUUGAUUAUUAUCGGUUUGGAAAACGAUGCUAUGGAACACCUCAAAACAAUACAGCACCCUCGAUACCUUUUUCACCAUUUGUGUGCAAUCGACAGUGUCCCAAAACGCAUUAUGGAAUAGCUCUCAAUGAAACUAAAAUAUGCGUAUCCUGCUCAAUUUUGUGUCUCGACAUUUCUAUGGAAACAUCUUGCGCUUGUGCAGUUGCUGAAAAGGAAACCGAUAUGAAAACUGUGCUGAUAAUAACAAACAUCAUAACAGCUUUACUUUUGAUAGCAGCUACAUGCAUUUUGAUUUCAUGUUAUUAUCAAAAACGGAAAAUGGACAAAAAAAGUGAAAGAAAUAACAUUGGGAAUCGUAAUGAGAACUACAACAUUGAGGCAAAAGUAGAACAGUUGGACGAAAUAAACGACACAAAAUCGAUGGAUACAGGACAUACAGCUAAAGAAAUAGACGAAAACAAAACGAUGGAUACAAAUCAUAAACCUGAAAAUGAUAUUGCAGUGGCUGCACAGAGACAACAGGAGAAAAUUACAAGAUAUACACGGGAUCCGACUAUUUUACGAAAGGUAACCUCAUGUCAUACAAUCUAG